AUGUGGAGCGGGCCUGCAGUUGCUGCGUCUGCAGGUGGUGUGCUGGACCUGGCACCUGGGAGGUCCUCAGAAAGGACCUUGUGCAGCGAGGACAAGGGUGUGGUGCCACUCCCUCCGGCCCUGGGGCCCUCCGUGCUGGGGUCAGGAAAGGGGAUAGAUGCAGAGACGGUCCGAAAGCGGUGUGUGCAGCCCAGCACGGGGCCCUCCGGCAUGCUGGUGGCCGGGGAGAGGGAGAUGGGCCCUAAGCGGUUGACUUGGAUUUCCAGGCCCCCAGGCUGGCACAGUGAGGACCAGCUUCCUGGGGUGAGGCUGUCAUCCGCAGACACCGCGCCCACCUGCCGAGGGCGGAAGGUCCAGGGUCACCGAGGCUUCAGCAGCGCGUCGCACGUCCCCCGGCUGCGCUGGGGCCUCUGGCCCCUUCCUCCUGAAGAACCGUGA